AUGGUGGAUUGCUGUGUAGGCAAGACUGUUGUAUUAUUUGAAGAAGUCCUCGGCCCAUCGUCCUGCGACCCCGGUGAGCAUGUGCUAAGCUCUCUUCACUACUGUAUUUGGUUGAAGAUCAGCAUCACCAAACAAUGCAUAGACGAAUUAGUGUCCGAGAUGGAGCGUAUGUACGAAGACAAGUCUAGAGCAGAUGCUCGCAUUAUUCAACUGGAUGCAGAGUUCAACAGCCUUGGACUCAAGAUAUCUGAAGUAUGUAGCCAACUGGUUUCUCUUUCCUUCAUUUCUACCACAUUCUUUCAGCUUUUAUGCAUUUUACUAGCCUAUUUUAAUUUGUUUUUUUACUUAGGCAACCUGAAAGUCAUUUCCCGUGUUGUUGACUAUGUGCAGCCUGAUUCCAUCAUCGUAAAUGCAGAACAAAAAAAAACUUCAAAAUAA